GUUUACUUAAUAUUUUGAACGUAAUCAGAUCAUAAUUAAAGCAACAACUUUGUAAAUAGGACAACGCGCAUAAUUAGAUCGUCGUUCGUCUGGUCGACAAAAUAUACUCCAAUUUAUUAAGAAAGUCGACGGCGACGCGGUUUUAAGUGACGUGGAACCAAAAAGUUGGGUUAACUCGAACGUCACCGUAAUUUAUAAGUAAAUAUCCGUAAAAAUAAUCCUAGGGCAAAAAUGUUUGAAAUAACAGACACACAAAAAAUCGGCGUUGGUUUGGCCGGUUUUGGAAUAUUCUUCCUUUUUUUGGGAGUUUUGUUAAUUUUUGAUAAAAGCCUUUUGGCAUUAGGAAACAUAUUGUUUUUGUCAGGUUUAGGAUGUGUGAUAGGCAGAGAACGAACAAUAAGAUUCUUUUUCCAAAGACACAAAUUAAAAGGGUCCUUCGCAUUUUUUGGUGGAAUCAUCACGGUUUUAAUAGGUUGGCCUUUGGUUGGCAUGAUCAUUGAAACUUAUGGCUUUGUUUUGUUGUUCAGUGGUUUCUUCCCUGUAGCCGUAAACUUUUUGAGAAGGGUACCCAUUUUGGGAACAUUUUUAAAUUUGCCAGGUAUCAGUAAGUUAGUUGAUCGUUUGGCUGGAGACUCCAACAGAACAACAGUGUAAAUAGUUCCAUAGACAGAUUAUAAGUGAAAGUGUAAAAUAUAUGUGAUUUCUGGUACCAUUUUAAGUAUUUAUAAUUUUUAUAUAAAACUACUGUCUUUAUAAAUUGUACAAAAUAAAAUUGUGGAUUUUA